AUGGCAAAGAGGCUGACUAACGAGGAUUUGAGUCCCCAGAAAACUUACACGUAAGAAAAUCGAGUUUUUCAGCGAAAAUGCAAAGUUUUCAGAGAACGAGACCUAGAUAGGCUGUACGAGGAGUGGGAGGAGAACGAUGAGGACGAGUUGGAGGAGGACGAGAAGCCGGAGCACAAGCGCACACCACCGCAAAUGGAUUUGGACAGUAUGAAAGCGAAAGUAAGCAUUCCGGGGUGGAGUUCCGUGAAAUCUUUGAUUUUUUAGGCCAAAACCCCGGAGGAUUUGCUGGCAAUGUCGAAAAAGGGCCAAACUGUUAUGCUCUUCGUCGGGAUCGUCGAUCCGACGCGUCCGGGCCGCACCGACAUCCGUCCGUUCACCGAGAAAUGGACGGCGCUCUGGCAGUCGCAGCUAUACAACAACCACGUGGAUCUUCAAGUGUUCGUCAUCGACGACAAUCGCGCCAUCUUCAUGUUCAAGGACGGCGCGCAGGCGUUCGAGGCGAAAAAAUUCCUGCUGGAGCAGGAAUUCGUGUCGGAAAUCACGAUCGAGGGACAGAGUUUUGACGGAAAAGCUAAGAAAUUGAAGGAGGCGAAGAAAGAGCUUUAA